UCAUGGAGGAAGAACAGGUACCUGCUAUCGAGUGAAGAGGACAACCGCACCACAAAAGCGCAGCUGCUACCUGCGGGAAUCUAUUGCGUCUUUGGCCGCCUACUCUUAUUCCCUUUUCUUGCCUGAAUACGUUGUGUCACUGGCCGUGAGUCAAUUCUAAAGAGUAGAAGAGGAACGAGGCAAAACCAUCAAAAUGAAACAUUUUUUGAGAUGCCUCACAAAGUUCUUUGUGUUCCUGUACUGUAAAUGUCUGUGGCGAGGCCAAAAGUUUGUGAUCAGGAAGGUCACGGGGUGGUGUGAACUGCAGCGGAUUUGCUACAACAUCCUCCUCUCCUUCCUCUCCAGCUGUGCCAGGACACUUAAGAUUGAGUCCUCUCUCAGGUACUCAAAGAACGAGCUGUGCCAGUCUGCCCUCAGUGCUCACCCAGACAGUGUGGAGAAAACCAUCGAUAACAUCAUGACCCUGAAGAAGAUCAACGCGGACACUAACCCACAGCUGGGCAUCUCCCUCCAUAAUCUGUGGAAGACGCUGCGUCCUGAUUCGUCACUCACCGGGCGGAUCUCCAAGCAGCGGUGUGAGAUCGGUUUCCAAGGCAAUGACCCCAAGACCGACUUCAGGGGAAUGGGUUUACUGGGUCUACACAACCUUCUAUAUUUUGCUGAGCAUGACAAGGCCACCGCUCUCCAGGUGCUUUAUGACUCCCUGCAGCCCAAACACAAAUACUCCUUUGUCAUCGUGGGCAUCAACAUCACAGACCUGGCCUACUCUCUGCUGGUGAGCGGAGCCCUGAAGACCCACCUGUACAAUGUAGCCCCGGAGAUGCCCAGCCUCAGUCACUUCCAGCAGACCUUCUGUUACCUAAUGCAGGAGUUCCAUCGGUUCUGGAUCGAGAACGACCUCUGUGACAUCACGGAGUUCAACCGUGUGCGCUCCAAGCUCCACCGACGGGUGCUGCGACAGCUCAAGAACCCCGACAUGGCACUGUGCCCCCACUUCGCCGCCUCUGACCUCCACCUGGUCAACCUCUAAACACACUCCCAUUGACUAACCACCGACCUCUAACCCCUGACCUGUAACCUCCUCAACCCUUCCUCCACCCUCCCAGUUACAUCAUGUCACUGCCAACUGCUCACCCAGCCAGUGCUCACACACAUUCUCUCUCACACACACACCCACUCCUCCACACCCUGCCUAUAAUUCCCACAGCGACUUCAGAACAACCAGCACCACACUGACGACCAUGGUGAUUGUAGCAGUCUAAUCACUAGAAAUAGACGCCGAUUUUGGAUGUUUGAAAAGAUCCUGAGAACGCCUUCCUCGGCUCACACAAAAAAUAAAUCGAUGAUAGAUGGAAACAGUGUGUUUUUAAUUAUUUUGUUUAAGCCUAACACAAACCAUAGCCUUAACCACUCGGAAUGAAUACCUAAACUUAACUGACUUGUUUCUGUUUCAACCCAGUAACCACACGGAAUUAAUGAGUCAAAUAGGAUGUUCAUCCAUAAUAAGUCAAAUUUCAAAGGGAGACUAUGAGAUCUUGUUGAUUGUAGGGGUGCAUGAUGAGACUGCACCACAGUAAUUCACUGACUCAUUGUUUUUCCUUGCUUUAACGAUUUGUGAUUGUACGAAAGCCAUUCGUUGCCGGUUAUGUAUUAUUAUUCUACAUUUUUAAAGAGAUAGUUUACCCAAAUUACCAAAUAGGAAAUGAAUAUGUCAUUUGGUAUUUUGGGUGAACUAUCCCUUUAAUUUAAUCAUCACGAAACAAGUGCUUUGUUUUCUUCAGCCUUGAAUACAUGUUGUAAUGAAUGUUCGGCCAGGAGGCAAUGCUUCUUCUUUACUAUUACAGGGGGCAAUAACAGUAGGUCUACACUGCACUGUCAGAAGUCAAACUGAAAAUGCCUCAUAAGCUUAUGCUUAUGUAGGGAAUUGUGCCGAUCUACUGUACCUGAGCCAUGUAUUUAUUCUAUAUAUAGACGUAAUUAAUUUGAUCACUAAUUUGUUGCUGACAAUUUCCCUGCAAAUCAGGAAAUGUAAACGUGUAGUGUAUUUGAUUUUUAAAAAGGCUUCUAAAGUUUGUAAUUUCCACUUUUCAAUUUUCAGACUUGCAUCAACCCCUACAAAAAUGUCCAUUAAUUAUAAUCCACAUAAUAAUUCACAUUGCCUGUUGCUACAGGAUUAUUUUCCUGCUGAAGCAAACUGGCUCUGAAGCAAACGGCUCUGUACUGCACUGUAAUGUACUGUAUAAGGAAGUCAGAGAUACUGUCCAAUCUUAUAUUGCCUACCGUAUUUAUACAGAAGUGUUGAAGCAGCAAGGCUUUGUGUUACCAUGUGCGGACAGACAAUUAUUGAUCGGUUGAGGAGGAGGAUAUGAGGCCAUCAUCUCAGCCAAUCAUGCGAUGCAAGGCAGUUUCUUUCUAAAUCAUUUGUCCAAUAUUUAUCAAUUGUUAUAGAUUGUAUUUAUAUACACUACCGUUCAAAAGUUUGGGAUCACUUAGAAAUGUCCUUGUUUUUGAAAGAAAAGCAAAUUUUU